AGGCUCGUAGGUUCAAGGCUUUUUUUGGGGGGCAUGGCGGCAAGCAGCACGACCGUGGUGAAGAAGUCGAGCGGCCGCUUCGUGGCGACGGUCGCCACGGAGCUGGAGAAGGUCAAAGGGUUCAUCGAUGGGGCUGAGGGGACCGCCGACAACCACCUGACCAAUGCCGAUGAGCUGUGCGACGUGCCAGUGCGCGCACGGGACUGCAUCAGCCUUCUGGGGCUCGCGUGUGCGCCAGGGAUCGCAGUGCUGCAGCUAGGGCUGCUGUACUUGAUCCUUGCUGCCGCGGAGUCUUACGGCUUGCUGGCGGUGUUCGUCUUCCUGUCACUGCUGAGUCUCCUCUACUCGUGCUUGGUGGGCUUGGCCCAGCACAAGCUCGCCGCCGACCAGGCCGCGGCACAAGCUGCGCAGGCCGAGGCUGGGCAGGCAGAAAGGCCAUCGCUCUACUCGCGGCUGCUGGGGCAUGCUCAGAGGUUGAAGGACCAGGCAGACAAGCUGCACAGCAGCGAGGCACGCGCGGAGUUCUGCAAGAUGCCCUGGAUGGCCGCGCUGGGUUUGCUGGCGCUGGAGUUUGCCCUGGCGGCAGGCCAAGGCCAUUUCCUGCGCUUCCUGCAGGCCGCUGUCUGCUUCCUCCCGGCUGCAGCGGCCAGCGGCCUGCUGCCCUCCAAAGCUGCGGGCCGCGCGCCACCGCUGUCACUGGCCGACGCCUCUCCGGCGGAACGUGUGGCGGCGGCCUUGGCGCGGGGCGCGGUGGUGCAGUUGGCGCUGGGGCAGGCGGCGGCGCUGCUGGAGCCACUGGUGGAGGAGUAUGCCCCUUCCGCCGAAGAGCUGAAGGAGUUGGGGGGCAGCAGCUUCCAGCAGGUGCGCGGCUACGUCACCGAGGUGCAGGCAGUUCGCGCGGCGGUGGAGAAGAAGGGUCAGGCGUUGCUGAAGGGCCUCGGCACGGCGGAGAAGGUCUUGCGCAGCGACCCCGAAGAGCUGCAGAACGCGGUGCAGGAAGCCGCGGUCGAAAAGCUGAAGGAAGUCAGCAGGGAGAAGGUGCAGGACGUGGCCCAGAAGGUGAAAGAGCACCUCAGCCCCCAGCUGGACCAGGAGCAGGUGAAGGCGGCGGUGGAGGUUGCGACGGACGCCUUGAAGCCCGACGAACUGGCCGAUCUGCUGAACCAGGGGGCGCGCGCAGGGGGCUUGGCCCUCGGCCUCGCAGGGAAGCUCUUCGGAAAGUGAGCCGCCGACCCAUCUUCCCCAAAGCCGGGCUCGCAGUGCGAACUCGUAGGGUGUGGCAGCUGCCGUGUAGCUUGCUGUUCGGCCGCCCGUCGGUAUUCGGAGAUC